CACUCAUUUUGCAGAGAGAGAGAGAGAGAGAGAGAGAGAGGGAGAGAGAGGGAGAGAGAGAGAGAGAAGGGUUCAGAAAGCUUUGGAGCGUUAAAAGAAGAAAAGACUUGCUGCUGUGCCACAUUUCCACACUCUACACCCAAAAAACACAGUGAAUACAUUUCCUUGAAAAAGUUCUAAAAGCGGCCAUGGACGGGGAAACAUUUGGACGCACGCUGCUCUUGUGCACCUUGCUCUUCUGGGUAUUUCAAGUUGUAAGCAGUGGGACUCUGACUGUGGGCGUAAAGUCUGAAGUGGAGGUGCUAAAAGGAGAAACUGCCAAACUGCCCUGCGUAGUCACCUCAACUACAAAUAAUCCUGUUGUUGAAUGGCACAUUGAGGAGCAGGGAACUAGAAAGCGUGUGGCUUACCGCCAGGGUAAGAUGGGGAAAGAUGACGUCGGCACCCCUCUGACAGGGCGGGUCCAAGUGGGAGAAGACUUCACCUUGACCAUUUCUUCUGUCAAACCCUCUGAUGAGCAAACCUUCAUCUGUCAGGUCACUGCUGGUGCAGAUGGGUCUAAAGAUAAUUCCACUUUGCUGAAAGUCUUUUUUGCACCUGAAAUGCCAGAACUGACAAAACCAAAAUCUCAGGCCAUUUCUGUGAACGAGGCUGCUAGCUCAGAGAUUGGUACCUGUGUGACGAAGAAUGGACAUCCUCAGCCAAGAAUUGUGUGGUUCAAAAAUAACAAACCCCUUAUUGAGGUCAAAAACAAGGCUGAUAAGACAUACAUGGUUCCCUCACUGGUGAAGGAGGCCUCAGGUCUCUUCACUGUUAGAAGCACUCUGUACAUGCAGCCCACUAAAGCUGACAAGGAUUCUGAGUUUUACUGCACUGUGGAGUACAGCAUGCCAGGGAACAACAUCCAAACAAUGAAUUCUGACCGCAUCAAGAUCAACCUAAACUAUCCCUCUGAGAAAGCUACCUUUUACCUGAAUAGCACUGGUCCAGUCAAAGAGGGUGACACUGUAACUAUGAUAUGUGAGACCGAUGGAAACCCUCAGCCUCCAUUUGACUUCAUUAAAAAUGAAACACCAAUCGUGGGUCCGAAUGGUGUUGUCACACUGAAAUCUGUCAAGCGCACUGAUGCUGGAGAGUACAAGUGCUCAGCAAUGGAUUUUGAUAACCUAGAUGCUAACCUGACUGGCACGAUCAACCUCACUGUCAACUACAUUGACCCAGUGAAGGUAACACCACCUGACUCUCAAACUGUCAAGCUUGGAGAAAAGGUGACAUGGCAGUGUAAGACCAAGGCCUCCCGUGAUCAUACAGUACAGUGGAAAAAGGGCUCUGAGGUGCUGUCUCAGAACGGCACUCUGUCAAUACAAGCUGUUUCCUAUGAUAACGGUGGAGAAUAUGUUUGUGUUGGAGCCGUUCCAUCUGUGCCAGGACUGACAGCCCAGGCUAGUGUCAGCCUCAUAGUCAAAGGAAAGCCAAGGAUUGACCCUCCUGCUCCUGGGGAGGUGGGGAAGGAAGGAGACAAGGUCACCCUGAAGUGCUCAGCCUAUGGUUUACCUCGUCCUCAGUUUACUUGGAAACCCUCAGGAGAAGAGUCGGUAUCAGUGGAAGGUAACAAGAUGGUGAGCACUCUGACCCUGAAAGCCACAGCCGAGAUCUUGAAGGAAGGGGUGACCUGUGAGGCCUCCAAUGAGCACGGAGCAGAUAGCGCGACCUUCCCAGUAUCUCUCAAACAAGCAGUUGACAACUCAGCUGAAGUGCUGCUCUCUGGAAACCCUGUGCUAAAGUCAGCUGACAAGCAACAGGCAGGUUCCAGUACUGUGGUGAUAGCCGUGGUGGUGUGUGUUCUGCUCCUCCUGUUGCUGGUGGCCCUCCUCUACUUCCUAAGCAAGACCAACAAGCUGCCAUGCAGCAAGAAGGACAAGAAGGAAGUGAAUACUGCAAAUGUCAACAGUGGCAUUGUGGUGGAGAUGAAGACAGACAAGGCCGAUGAAGAGGACGGUCUCCUAAACAAAAAGAUGCCCACAGAACAGUGAUAAAACCAGUUGAUGAAAAUAGCUCACAGAAGGAAGAAGGGAAGAGGACAACAGAUAUGAAGACAACAGGGCUAUUUGUUUUUUUUUACUAGACUGAUGACAUUAAACUGGUGGGGGUGAUGAGAGGUGGAGCAGGGAGAUGGGUUUAUGUUGAGGGGGUGUGGAUGCACAGCAUGUUCAGCAUUGGCUAUGCUUGUGUUCUAACCUGCAAUAAGCCAAGUUGGGUGGAGUUUGUUUUGAAUUUUUUCAUCUUCUUUUUUUUUUUUUUAAAGAUAAAGUUCUUCCAUCCAACUUGUGCUGCCGUAGGUUUAAAACAAUACAUGUGCGAAAUCAUAAUGUGACAACACUGGAUAAGCAUGGCUUCUUUCACCCAUUGCGUCUUUGACUCCUCUGCAGAGUAGCGCUGUAUUGUGAAGUAUGAUUGGCACACGCUUAAACGCAGUGACAGAAUCUUCUUAUUGAUCCCAAAGGAAAUCCCAAAAUCAUUUUUUUCUGGUGUUAGUCUGCAUUCAAGCAUAACACCAAACAGCUUUUCUGUUUUGGAGUCGGCACUUAAAAUUUCUCUCCUCUCUGCUGGUAACACUAGGCAAAAAUAAACCGGCUGUUACUCUGUUUCAUUCUCCUCCAUAACAAGCUAUGAUUUACGCUCACAUUUAAUCCACGAGCACGCUGUUUGGCACUCGUAACUGUCACGUUUUUUUGUUCAAAGAAUCUCUGUUUGCUUUAUUGUUGUUUAAUUGCAUUUUUGCCACCUGUGACUGUUUAUAUAUAUAUUUUUUUUUUUCCAAUAUCCCUAAUUAGCUUUCAGUAGAAACAAUCCAGGCUUUUAACAACACCAAUUCUCUUUCUAAAAUUGCUUGCCUUUUUUUUUCUUUAAAUCCAGCUGAAAAGCAACCAAACAAGCAAGCUAUUAGGUUGUACAAAUUUGUUCCUGCCAUUUGCAGCACACUUGUAUAUUAUGUCAGUGCACCAACUGUUCACUUGUUUUCCUAUGUGCUUCUGUUUUCCGCUGUAAAUUCAAAUAUUGGUUACCCUGUCUUUCAAGCAGGAAGAGCAUUGUGCAUCAUGUGAAGUCCACAGUGUCUGUGGUUACUGAGCUAUUGGCAGUAAAGGCUACUAUUUAUUUCUGUGUUUCACAGCGUUUCAGUCCUCUGCUGCAGGAUGAAACCUGGGGGCAGUGAACUGAAAGCUGAGAAACCAUCCUCACAAGCACGGUACACAGUGAUUUUGCUUAGAAAGCCCAGUUUUCACUUGCAUUGGCUGUGAAAUUGGUGUAAUUUGGUGAAAUGGUUGACAAUCUCAAACAGUAGCCUGCUGUGUUGUUGUUUUCCCAUGACAACAAAUUGGGACUUGGAGCAGCUGCGGUGCACUAGUCACAGAUUCACCUGUUGGGAGUAAUCACUCGCACAGGCUCACUCUGGGUUGAAACAAGCAGGGGC